UCGGCGUGACGCAACCGGAGGCGUUGGCCGCUGUUCAGUGACAUUCAGUCCCAUCACCAGAAGCGGAGGCGACCUGUUGAAGACUUGUUUUUAAUCCUUUCCGCGACGGUUUUAAUAAGCUGUUGUUGUUUUUUAUGUUUAAAAAUAAAUACAAAUCAGUUAUAAAACAUUUAAUCGAUCUCUCUGUAAACUCGUAGACAUGAUCAAAAACGGACACCACGUUACCAAGGAUCCGAGCGAAGAAGUCGGCUGCGGAAAGCCGGGUACCGCCGCUUGUAGCCCGGAGAAAAGGAAGAGGGUCGUCCGGCUGUGGUGCGAUGGAUGCUACGACAUGGUGCACUACGGCCACUCCAACCAGCUGCGGCAGGCUAAAUCUAUGGGAGACUACCUCAUUGUUGGGGUGCACACAGAUGCGGAGAUCUCCAAGCACAAAGGCCCUCCGGUUUUCACUCAGGAAGAACGCUACAAGAUGGUGCGUGCAAUCAAGUGGGUGGAUGAGAUAGUCGAGGGAGCGCCUUACGUCACCACUCUGGAGACUCUGGAUAAAUACAACUGUGACUUCUGUGUGCAUGGAGAUGACAUCACUCUGACGGUCGACGGCAAGGACACGUACGCAGAGGUGAAGCAAGCCGGCCGAUACCGAGAGUGCAAGCGCACGCAGGGUGUGUCCACCACCGACCUGGUGGGACGGAUGCUUCUCAUGACCAAAGCCCACCACAGCAACAUGGAUAACGUAGAUUACCAACAGCACACUGACAACUUUGGAAAGGGUGCUACAGCCCACAGCCCGUGGACAGGGGUGUCUCAGUUCCUGCAAACAUCCCAGAAGAUCAUCCAGUUCGCCUCUGCAAAGGAGCCCCAGCCUGGAGACACCAUCAUUUACGUGGCGGGAGCGUUUGAUCUCUUCCACAUCGGCCAUGUUGACUUCCUGGAGAUGGUUUACAAGCAGGCAGAGAGGCCCUAUGUCAUCGUUGGUCUGCACUUUGAUCAGGAAGUGAAUCGCUACAAGGGGAAGAACUACCCGAUCAUGAACAUCCAUGAGAGGACCCUGAGCGUCCUCGCCUGUCGGUACGUGUCAGAGGUGGUGAUCGGUGCUCCUUACGCGGUGGGCAAGGACCUGCUGGAUCAUUUUAAGGUGGAUCUGGUGUGUCACGGCAAAACGGAGGUGCUGCCCGAUAAGGACGGGGUGGACCCAUACGCUGAACCUAAGAGGAGGGCGAUAUUCAGGACCAUCGACAGUGGCAACAAUCUCACCACGGAUGACAUCGUCCAGAGGAUCAUUGAAAACAGACUCCAGUUUGAAGCCAGGAACCAGAAAAAAGAGGCUAAAGAGAUGGCGGUGAUUGAAGCGAUGAAGAAGAGAGACACCCAGCAGCAGCCGCAGGACGAAGCGGCAGCUCAUUAACGCGCCCGGGCAGUUGUUUUUUAUCGGGUUUAAUCAUCCAAGUACCCUCAGCUUUAAAACGGUCGACUCCAGCAGAGCCAGACUGAGCGUCCCUCGUUGUCCUCGGCCCAGUCUGGCCGGCCCGUUUCUGUCCGAGUCUUCACAAAUCACAAUAAUCAGCCGGUUUCUGCCAAAGAAAACUUUACCGUUGCUCUCUGUUAGAUUAAUUUCUUCUGGUUUUAAUGACACACUACAAUGUAAACAGAUAUAGAGUCUGGGAUUUUAUUCAUAACUUAUUGACAGAUUUUUAAGACUUUUAGACAAAGUGUCACGAGUGACGUUUAAUGCGCUGUAAUUUAACACCUUUUUAAUUUGUAGUUCUCACUUUUUUUGUGUCGUCAGUGUACGGGAAAAAAAAGGCAUAACUUUGAUAAAAAAAAAAAAAAAAAGUAGUCUGUAGGUUUUAUCUGUGGUUUUAACCAGCUGAAUUUGCACCAAGUGUGAAUGUGUCAGCGUGGGCG